GGUCAGAGCCGGAUUUGUGCAGUAUGAUAUGUACGGCAAAGCUGAUACUGUAAUACUGUACUAUACUGCUCCUGGUGUUGACGUCGAUGAGAGAAUGACGUCUGAAUGAAGUUCAUCUCUUAUGGGAUCACAGAGACGGCUACGUAUCCAACAUCCAACUCCGUUCUUCCAAGUGCCGGUUCUAGAAUUCGUGGUAGUUGUUCUGUGGCAGAGCUGUACUAUCCCAAACGGCUAUCUAUUUAUAGACGCUUGGUGCAGCAUAGCACAUAGUUGGUCCAUGCACGCUCCUCCUCUCCACCAAUUGUGGAGGGGCUACCGAGUACGUACCUGGGUCUUUUUGCCAUUUAGGUCGAACAGGUCCUCCGUAUCGACCGAUUGGCCGCAGCGGCGCUUAACAGGGACAGCACUAAGACCAUGUACCCUUGUAUUUCUUAGUCUGCGACUACCAAGGGACCACUCACACACUCUCUCACACUACUCUCACACACUUUAUAACUAGCGGUACUUCUUCUCAUUACCAAUUUACUAUGUGUUGGACAUGUCACUCAUAUCUACGGUCACCCACUCACCCCCACAACGCACCCCCCAAGAAACCCUUCCACUGCACGAGAACACGCCGCCUCCCUCCGCCGCAAGAACCCUUCUCUAUUAUUAGCAUCAACAUCAUCGCUCAGCCCAAAAAGUGCCGACUGUGCGCCAAAAGUAUAUCACAACCUCAUAGACUCGACCCAUCGUCGCGGCGACAAUACCCCGCCAUCGACUCUCGUUGGUAAUUAUCGAGACUCUGUGUCUCUAGAGAGGGCCUGCGACCGGCUCAAUUCUCUACUCGACCCGCCUGAGGAGCUUGGGAAACCAACCUCUCAGUCCAAAGCGUCGAGGAUAUACCGAGUCUGCGAAAUACCCACACGAGCUCGGGACCGAAGGAAUAGGAUUGUAGGAUAUAAUUUCCGGUCGCGCGAAGGAUCGAUAGAGAUUGAGGGAGUUAAAUUAGACGCGUCGCUAGGCUCCAGCACCACUGCGAUACCCGUUUAUCGACACCUUCAGUACGACUAGCCGGGGACUCGGCGCGCAUUCAUCAUGGGUCGUCGCAAGAUCGAAAUCAAGGCUAUCAAGGAUGAUAGAAAUCGCUCAGUAACGUUUCUGAAGCGUAAAGGAGGGCUGUUCAAGAAGGCGCAUGAGCUUUCCGUCCUCUGUUCUGUCGAUGUCGCAGUCAUAAUAUUUGGCAACAACAAGAAGUUAUACGAAUAUUCGUCCUCGGAUAUUGGAGAGAUCCUCCAACGGCACAACUUUUAUGGCGGCGCAAACGAGCACAAGGGUCCAUCGGACUUCAACGGCAAACGAGACGACGAUGAUGAGGAUGACGAGGGCUCUGUCAUGGACGAAGGCCACCCACAAGAAGGAGGACCCAUGAUGCGACCGCAUUUCCAAUCCCAAGCGGCGUUUCAGCACAUGCGACAAGCUCCCUCGGCUUCACCACCCAUACAGAACGGCGCGCAUUUCCAGAAUAUACAGCGCCAGCACACGCCUCAACCGCCACCGCAGAUGGGAUCCCGGCCAGCGUCACGGAAUGCUCCUCAUCGCGUAAACUCGAAUAUGGCGCAACAGCAUAUGCAGCAGGGCCCUCAGCCUUCGCCGCCUAUGAAUGGUUACUCGUAUAUGCCACAGCCGGGGAUGUACAACCCACAGCAGCAGCAUGGGCAGAACAUGCCUCCGCAUGGACAGAAUAUGCCGCCGCAUAGCCAACCGCCGCCGCAGCAGCAGCAGCCCUCAUAUCAGUACCAGCAAGGUCCGCCGCCACCGUCUCACCAGCUUCAGCAGGUGUAUAUGGAAGAGCAGCGGCGCUCAUCAAUGCCUCCUGUGUUUCCAAAGCAAGAACGUCAAGAAUCGGGGCCUAUGAAUACUCCUCCGCAACCGCAACAACGACAAAUACCUCCGCAGCAGCAGCAGCACCAACAGCAACAACAACAGCAGCAGCAGCAGCAGCCACAACAUCAACUAGCACCUCCACCGCCCCAGCAACACCAUCCAUCACCCCAACAACACCACCAACCGCCGCCGCAACCCCAACAGUCACACAACACGGGGCAGAUGCUCGAGCCAAAACGACCAUCCGUUAAAUCCCGCAGCAUCUUCACCCCCAUCGACGAAUCCCGCUCCAUCCUCUCCCAGCACUGGAUCUCAUCCACCUCCGCCCCCGAACCCUCCCGCAGCGAACCCGCACUCACCAACCGCACCUCCACCUCCUCCCUCGACUCCCGCAACGGCACCAUCAAAUCCCCUCCCCUGCACCCAACAAACUCCAUCAAACCCCCGCCCUCCUCAGACAAAUUCACACCCCCCACCGGUCCACCCUCCCGCACCAACUCUGUGCAACUAAGCGGCAAGCGACCCCGUCUCACUGUCCAGAUCCCCGAUGAACCGUCGGAUGGAGGUGAAGCAACAGGCGCCUCCACCAACUCCCCCCGCGAAUCAAACGACACCGGUUCCCACCCCUCCCGCCGCGGCGGGCCAGGCACAGACGCAAGUCACAGCUCCGGCGUCGUCCUCCCCCCCCCCUCCCCCUCCGCCUCCGCCCUCCUCAGCGCCGGCGCCUCCGGUCCACCAAACCCCUUCGCGCGACCCCAUCCACCUAACCAAGGCGGCGGCGGCGGCGGUGGUCCCGGCGGCGGUGGUCGCGGUGGUGGGAAUGAAAUCGAGACACCUGUGUCCGCACUCCCUAGUCGAUUCAUGAACAAUGAACUCCUACCGAGCCCGAGUAGUUUCUACCCCGAGUGGAAUUUUAGGGGCGGAGACGGGAAUACACUCCCUAGUCCGCUGAAUUUCGCGACGCCGGUGGUGGGGAGUGGACCGAGUUUUUUGCAUGAGCCGGCGGGGAUGGGGGGGAAGAGGAAGAGUCCUGAUGCCGAGGAUGGGGGGGGAGGAGGGGAGGCGAAGAGGGUUAAGCAUGAGCCGUGAGUAAGGGUUUGAUUGCUUGCGAAGAGAGAGGAGAGGAGAGGGAGAGGAGGGAUAUAAUACGCCGGACUUAUAGUUAUCACGGCUGCUGAGAUCGAUGAGGAUACCCCCCAUUCCGUUCGGCAAUGGGAAAUCACGGCGUUCAAAUUUUCGCACUUCGUUUUCCCCCCCGAAUCGCCGAUCUAUACGUUGUUCUUUUUUGGCUGGCAAUACUCAACUUUUUACUAUAUAGGGCAAAGGAUUAGCUUUUAUUUCUUUGCAUGGAAAAUCUACGAUGCGAUAUGUCGGCUCCUGAUGCUUUCUUCGGGUUUCGGGCGGGACAUAUUUGGCUUUGGCUUUUGGCUUUUUUUUUCUGGCUUUGCGGACAUGUGUGUGGGAAUUAUGGAUCAUGGGAUGGCGUUUUUGUCUUUUUUUUUAUUGCUUGUUUUUUUGGUAUUUGAUAGGACUGGCUGGGCUUGGUGGGGAUGGGGAUGGGGGAUAGGGGUAGGGAGGAGGCGUGUGUUGAGGGGAAAUCAAGUUUUUAUAUCUUACCUUGCCGAUCUAUUGUGAGUGAGGCUCCGUGAUUGUCUGAUUUUAUCUGAGUGAUGGGGUGUGUGAUCUACGAGGCUCUGAUAAUUAGUCGUGGUUAAAUGCAUAAAAUAUCGAUCGAGUUCUUUCGGGGCCUUCUUCCUGCAGCUGUUCGUGCUUGGAAAAGAAAUUGUCAUGGUAUGAGCGGCAACUAAGGCAUGAUCCACUGUCACACCUGUGUCUUUUACCGGGGGAAUGGGGUGUGCAACAGCAGCAUCAGGAGAAAUUCACGCCGAGCACGCUGCUGGGCCUUAUCCGGAUUGAGUGCAUCGCCCAGAAACGGAAAGUGAUCAUCGCUUGUAUGGAUAUGUAAAUGACGCGGGGGGCAGAGAAGUAGCCCCUUAUGUGGGAUUUCGUAUUCAUUUUGGAGGGUGGCUUUGACAAAACGAAG